AAAACAUGGCGGCUUUGCCAACGCGGGACUGUGUAAACUCUUAGUUUAAAGUUAACAAAAAUGAAGGUUAAGGUCCUUUCAAGGAACCCAGCAGACUAUAUUCGGGAAAGAAGAACCGAUAUUCAUAAGAUCCAUCGAAAUUUUGAUCCUUCGUUGCAUCCAUUCGAAGCACCGCGCGAAUAUACACGGGCACUGAAUGCCAUCAAACUCGAACGCGUGUUUGCCAAACCGUUUGUUGGUUCGUUAGGCGGACACACAGACGGUGUAAAUUGCAUUGCUAGACAUCCAAGGAGUCUAUCUGUGUUGCUGUCUGGGUCUUGCGAUGGAGAGGUGAGUAUUUAUUGCACUUCUGUGGCGAAAUGACUGAUUCGAGGGACUAAUCGAUUUCUUGAACAAGUGUUUGAAGAGUAACUUCUCCCAAUAAUGUUAAUACAUCACCACUAUAUGGUUAUGAGAAUAGAGAAAUGCAUCAGCUAGAAGGUUUUAUUCUCAUUUAACGAAAAAAAUCUCAUAUAUCAGAUUUUGCUUACAUAAACCUUAAACUUCUAGUAGUGAUCAACAUGUAACUUCUCCCAAUAAUAUCCAUACAUUAUUCAGCAAACAGGUAAUGAGAAUACUUCAAGGGGGUAAGUUUCUAAAGAAACUGUGGUGCUGAAUCAGUGCGAGAGUAUAACAGGGUAAUUUAGUGAAGUAAACAAGUUGAUAACAUAAUUUGGCCACUGUUAAGAGUUUCAAAACUGAUGUUUCCAGCAUUUGCCCUUUGUCAAAGUGAAUUUAAAGAUACUUCAACUUUUAAAACAAAGUUGUUUUGUUGAUCUAAUACAAAAUUCCUUUACCAAAUUUACAAGGAAAUAUCUAGCAGCUAGAGGGGAGAAUUGAUAAUCAGAUCUUGGGAGGUAAAGGGUUAACCCAUUCACUCCCAAGAUCUCAUAUAUGUUAGUGAUUCGCUUUACUCUCUGUCACACGACUCUUAUGAUGGGUGUUUGGAGAAUUUGUUAUUGAUGAGGAUAAUCCCCUAAUUGAUAGUUUUCUUUAUUUCCAUCACUUGUCUGGUUGAUAUUGCAAUUAAUUAUUGCUAACAAUUUUCCUUACAAUGACACAAGGUGUCAUUGUAAGGAAAAAUUACAUGUAGAUGCUAAUCACUCUCAGGGAUCAAGGGGUUAAUGUGGGACUAAAGACUUUCCAAACUUUGGGCUGCAGUUAUUAUUUCACAAGAUAUUGAGUUAUGUGUUGUAUUUGUGAUAUUUUAGAUUCGCUUGUGGAGUUUGCCACGUAGAGAGUGCCUCAAGACAUUAACAGCACACACUGGUUUUGUGCGUGGUUUGUGUACCUCUCCCUCUGGAAAUACUUUUCUCUCUGUAAGUUCUAUACCUGUACUUAGUUUUACAGUUGAAUAUAGGGGGUAAGUUUCUAAAGAAACUGUGGUGCUGCAUUGGUGGGAGAGUAUAACAGGGUAAUUUAGUAUUAUCAACUGAGUUGAUAACAUAAAUUGGUCACCGUUAAGAGUUUCAAAGCUGAUGUUUCAAGCAUUAGAUCUUCAUUAUUUGCUCUGAAAAACGCUCCAAACGUCAGCUUUGAAACUCUCAACGGAGGCCAAUUUACACUAUACAUCAUCAACUCAGUUGGUAUCACCAAUUAGUUAGUUUUACGGUUAUUUGUUUAAGUGUGUGAAGUAGUGGCUUAGUCCUUAUGAGCUCAACUUUGAACAGAGAGCUCUUUGGUAAUUACUGUUAACAUAAACAUUGAUUAAUUAGAAAAUAGUAAAUUUAUAUAGCACUUAUGGCAGCCUCUCAGUGCUUUACAAUAUGAAAGAGAAAGAAACAUAGAGAUUCCAUGUUUCCGUGCUUCUAUUUAACAAAUAGAUUCAAAGUUGCCAUGUGUCUGUUCAGUAAUAGAUCACAGAUGAUGUCAAAAUGUGGUAAGAACAAAAAAGUGGCAUACAAGGUGCAGCCAAGUGUGUCACUGAUGUUCUUACCACAUUUUGACGUCCUCUGUGAUCUAUUACUGAACAGACGCGUGGCAACUUUGAAUCUAUUUGUUUUAUAUAAUAAAGAAUUGAAAAAAGUUUUAAUGAUGACGUCAUCUACAUGUCUGUCCUCCAAUAGAUCAUAAGUGAGAAAAAAGCCGAAUGCAUGCAUAACUGAGCUUAUUAUAUAAUUAGUAAUAGAUGGCAGAUGAUGUUAGAAUGUGGUUACCAUUAGAACGAAAAAGUGGAACACAAGGUACAGAUGAGUAGGUUACUGAUGUUCCUAUUAGUUUAACAAAUAGAUUUCAUGUUGCAGUGCUUCUGUUCAGUUAUAGAUGGCAGGUGAUGUCAGAAUGUGGUUACCGUAAAAACAAAAAAAGUUGCACACAGGAUGCAGCAGAGUGUGUCACUGUUGUUCUUUCCACGUUUUGACUUUUUCUCUGAUCCAUUACUGUACAGACUCACAGCAACAUGGAAUCUAUUUGUUUUAAGGAAGCAAACGAUUGUUAGUGGUGAGGUUGUCUAUGUGUUUCUCUGCCAGUAGAUCGUAAGUAAAAACCUAUAAAACUUAUUAUGUAAAUAAGCUUAUUACAUACGAAAACAAAAGUAGCCAUUUUUCCCACACAACAGGUUGGGGAUGACAAAGUUAUAAAACAGUGGAGCAUGGAACAAAGCUUUGAUAUCAGCUUGGAGAAUUCACAGACUCCAAUCAACACCAUCAUUGGCAAGGUAUUACUUAAAAAAAAAUGUAUCAAACAAAGUUAUGAAGGUUCUAUCCCAGUGAGGUUGAAAACUUCAUAUUUUUCUUUAUCAAAAAUAUAGAAACAAUAGCCCCCAUAACCCUCUGCACCCUGACAUCAGUAUGCAUAUUCUCCAUACUGUUCUCUAUACAUUUCCUAAAGUGCUGACAAGGAGAAUUUGUUUCACAAUCAAGGACUUCUUAAGUUGUGGAUCAUUUCCUUCAUUCUUGUGACCUUAAAAUGUUUGAUUCAAGGGAGAUAUUGUAAGGAGAAAUUAGAUGCUGGUCACUCUUGGGGAUCAAAGGGUUUUUACAAAAUGGUGCAAAAACUUUCCAGGAUAUGUUCCCAGAAGUGAAUAGUUUUCCUUAAGGAAACUGUGAACUCCAAAGAACAGAUAAUGUAUGUGGGUGUAAAUAUUUGAGCAUGCUUUCUGCCAAAUGAAGACUAUUGUGUUUAUCAUUCUUCAAACACUUAUUCCAAUGUGUUGAACAAAAUGUUUAUAAACUGCUUUUGGUUUGGAAUGAAUCUUGACUAUUAAGAGCAACUUUCUGUAUGAACAAAAAUGGAAGAAAAGAAAAACAAACUGAAAACCUGCCAUCAUGAGGGAUCCAUCCAGAGCCCUUUCCUUGCAAGAAGAAGCGCUAUAUAUUGCGCCAAGUUUGCAGAGUGUAAUUGUUGUUGGGAAUUUUCUUUCAGCAAGCAGACUAUAUGGAUAAAAUGCAACUUUUUCUUACUAAAAGUUUUUAAAUACAAAGUCAGUUCAGGGGACUCAACAUCUCAACCUGUAUGAUUAAUUUUCUACUUUCAGUGGCUCCAUGCCACUUUGAUUCUUGUCACUGAUAUUGUAGCUUCUCUUCUAUAGAAUCUCUACCAUGGUAUUGACCACAGCUGGAAGAGCAAUGACUUUGCGACGUGUGGAGAGCAAGUUGAUAUUUGGAACGAGAACAGAGCUGAUCCUAUUCGGAGCUUCAACUGGGGUGUGGACACUAUUCACAGCAUCAAGUUCAACCCUAUUGAGGUUUGACCUUUUGUUUGAAUUUUUUAACCCUUUAAUCCAUGAGAGUGAUCAAUACAGAAUUUCUUCUUAAAAUUUCAAUACAAUAUCAACCAGAUAAGUGAUGAGAAUAGAGAAAAAUAUCAAUUUGGGUAUAAUCAGUUGAUCCAAUACUAAAUUCUCUGAACUGACAUUAGAAAAAUUGUAUGGUUGACAGUAAGGAGAAUGACAAAUUUGAUCUGGGAGUUAUAGGGUUAAGACCCCAACAGUGUUGUGCAUAUUUUCUAUGUUCAUCUCUGUACAUUCCCAUUGUUACUGACAAGAAGAAUUCGUUAGACAAUCAAAGCCUCUUUAGAUGUGGAUCAUUUCUUCUUUUUUCGUGAAUUUAAUGUUUGACUCAGGAGUAUGACUGUAAUGAGAAAUUACAUGCUGGUCGCUCUUAGAGUUUAAAGGGUUAACCGGUUUGUUGCAAGAGCUACAUUAUUUUGAUAUAUUCUACAACUUUCUCCAAAGUGCCACACAUAAUCACCAUGGUAGAGAUAAAAAUUACUUCUAUUAGUGAGACAGUGUGAAGUGUUUGUACUUGAAAUAAAUUCAAAAACAGCUUGAAAAGUCCCUCUCCAUCAAGCUCAGUUCGAAUUAUUAUUUGUUAGAAGUACGAAGAGUCUGAAAAAAGUGGCGCCUUGAUUGAGCGCUGCUUCUGAGUUGACGAAAAACUUAAAUAAAUGCCGCGGCACUAUAGAACAAUUUUCGCAUGAGUAAUCAGAAAUUGCUUUGAUUUUGCUUUUACUUUACUCUACACUGUGAUUGGUCCAGAAAACUCGCGGCGUCGUCUCAACUUAUCAGAUGCAACACUAAAACAAACGCGACUUGGCCAUUCGCGUUUUCCCGCACUUUAUCCAGUUUGCUCGUUUUCACUUUGAGUUCCCAUUGGCUAAUGAUAAUGUAAAACUUUGUUCUGAUUGGUUUUAAUUUUUGCGACACUAAAUUGAAUGCUGCUCCAUCGAUUGAAUUUGGUUUUCCCUGAUCUGUAUUGAAUACCAUAAAGAAAAAAAAAACAGCAAUAAACAAAUAAAUAAUCAACGCUUCAUUCCCCUAACUUAAAAACUUUGGAGAACAUUGCUUACUGUGUUAUUUCGUUCCCAGACACACCUUCUCGCUAGCACCGCUUCCGAUCGUAGCAUCAUCCUUUACGACAUGCGGGGUUCCGCUCCUCUGCGUAAGGUUGUCAUGGAAAUGAGAAGCAACACAGUGGCCUGGAACCCACUCGAAGCGUUUGUCUUCACUGCAGCCAAUGAGGAUUCAAAUCUGUACACGUAUGAUAUACGCCGAUUCAAAGAGCCAGUCAACGUGCACAUGGAUCACGUGUCUGCCGUACUCGACGUAGAUUACUCACCCACUGGACAAGAAUUUGUAAGCGGCAGUUAUGACAAGACGAUAAGGAUUUUUGAGCGGGAUUCUGGGCGAAGCAGGUAAGAAUCUGUCUGAAGUUUAGAAAGAGACAAGAUGUUUUAAAGCCAAUGUUUUCACAGAGUCGAAUUCCUAAAAAAUAAUUCUUACUGAAACAUUAUAGAUUUAAUGCAAAUAUGACGGACUGCUCGAUCGGGUUGAGUUGCACGAAAUUCCCGGCCCCCCCUCCCCUCUUAAAAUGCAACGAACAAACUUUGGUCCCCUCUGCGAUCGUUAAGUCGUUUCCUUCGUCUUAAACGAACUGCACGAAUCCACUGUUUCCGCCUCAGAGGCGAACAGGGAAACCGAAAAAAGGCAAAAAGCCUUCCCCUUUGGAAGAUCUUAAUUCCUUUUUAUGUCAUCUAGGAACACAAAAACUUAUAGGCAUAUCAAAAGAGAACAGAAUGGAUCGACAAUGACGCAUUACUUUUCAAGGGUUGCGCUAUGAAACAAAGGCUGAGGCCGUACAAGCCUCGCCUUUUUUGAACUCAACUCAGGGCAGCCGAGUAGACCGCCAUGUUUGCAUUCGGUGUAUGGGAAACUUGCAACUGAACUGGAAAUAAACAUAGAGAGUACCGAUUCUUUUACAAUAGUCUAAAGUUUUUCCUAUGCUUCAACAGUGCUUAAUCAUGGGGUGAGAUUUUUGUUUGGUACAUGUAGGCCACCUCAGUUUAAUUAUUCCCGCUCAAACGUUUUAUUGGUGUCGGUGAGGGUUUCAUUUUUCAAUUUUGUACAUAACAAUUGUCUGAAGUCUGUAUUGGUCUUGAGUUUGACAGACCCUCAUGGCUAGACUUUGAUUUGUUUAAACAGGGAAGUCUACCAUACCAGCCGAAUGCAACGCGUAUCCUGUGUGAGGUUUAGCGGGGAUUCCACUUAUGUACUUUCUGGAAGUGACGAGACAAAUAUCAGGUGAGUUGCGACGAUCUUACAGCGUAGCUGUAAAGCAAGCAUUCACGCAAUACGACCUGGUAACAGUGGACAAGAAGAGCACUUCGUGGAAUGUCCCUUGCCUAUUUCCCAUUCCUAUUGUUACUAUUAUACUGACGAGGACGUAUCUUUCUUAACAGAAUAUGGAAAGCUAAUUCUUCACAGAAGCUGGGAGCGGUAAGAGACCGAGACAUUCAUUCGUUAUUUUUUCUAUUCACUGAAUUUUAGUUGUUUUUCUUUCCAUAUCUAGUAAGCUACAUUUUCUUCUGCAUUUUAGCUUGCACCACGAGAAAAAGCAGCUUUCAGUUACAAUGCAAAGUUGAAAGAGAGGUUUAAACAUCAUCCCCAGCUGAAGAGAAUUAAAAGGUAGGCGAAAUUUGCAAGAUAACAAAGAAGUUUGUAAUGAAUAAUCAAGGGCGCAUUUGAUUGGUGAUCAUUUUCUUUAUUCUCGAGACCUUAAGAUGUGACUCGAGGGCAAAACUGCAGGGAGAAAUUAGUUGCUGGUCAUUCAUUGGGGUUACUUUGCAUGUCUUUAAGAUUUCCCUUAAUUAAUAAUUUGUUUUUUUGUUGUUUUAUUUUAGACAUCGCCAUGUUCCCAAAGCGGUUUUUAAGGCAGCCAAGGAAAAGAAGAUAAUGAUGGCUUCUAUAAAGAGGAAGUAUGUGGCCAUUACAGCCAUUUUGUUGUGUUACAUCAACACAGCGGUAAAUUGUCGGGCAUGCGCAAGGGGAUGAAUUCUGGCCGGCCGUGCGCCAAUUUCCCGCGCAAAAUUCCAAAGGGAAACAUAGGGAACAACCGUCGUCUCGCAAAAUAAGAAGAACGUUCAUUGAAAUUCGUAAAAGGAAACAGAAGUAAGGAAAAGUAAAACUAAAGAUUUUCGGACACAAAGCUCAUUCAGGUGCAGGUUUCCUGGUGAUUUACCAUUUUGUUGUGAGCUUUAACAACAAAAUACGCUUUUAAAUCAUCGUGACUUACUGACUUGUGUGGUUGUUAGUAACUCCUGUGACACAACUUAGUGCUGGAAGCCUGUUUUAAACCUUUAUGAAUGGAGUCGUUAUUUAUUGAUUUCCAAUAUUCUUUUUCUACAGGGAGGAGAACAGACGUAUUCAUAGUAAGCCAGGAAGUGUGCCUCGUGUUGCGGAAAGAAAGAAACAUGCUGUUGCCGUCGUUGAAUAAGCAAGCAAACAAAGAAAGGUGCGCUGAUAAGUAUUUACAAGCAUGGCGGAUCCUUGACCAGGCGAUUGAAACAGAGGAACGUGAAGUACAUCAACGCAAAUCACUUGUGACCUGUGACACAAUUCCGAUAUAGUGUAUAAAAGGAAACGUUUCGAGCUUCUUUUUGUACGAGAAUUUGCGGAGUUAUGAGCGAUGAUUGUCGGAAAAAACUCCUGGACCGAAAUUUACCGACUUGUUAAAGCAGAAUAUCGGAUUUUAUUUUAUUUUGUUUUAAUAAUCUGGCGAGGAAUGACUUGAUUCUGGGAACAGUUUGAAGCGUCUUUUUCGGGGCAUUGUGGCACAUUUUGCGGACUAAAGGGAAGAUUUUGGUGCGCUAAAAUGCAUUUUAGCCUGCUCGCACGCCCUCAUGAUUGUUCAGACUGUUAUGUUGUCAUAUUUUUCAGUUUAUAAUUUUUUAACGUCCUCCAAUGUGAUUCAAAGAGUAAUAGGGUUUGUGUUUUUGGACAUAAAUAUGUUUUGAGCCUUUUUUCGGGGCUCAUUUUAACCCUAUAACCUCUAAGAGUGACUGGUAUCUAAUUUCCUCUCACCAUAUCACCCCUGAAUCAACCAUCAAGGUCAGGAGAAUAAAGGAACUGAUCACUAACUAAAGAAGCUCUUGAUUGGCCGACACAUUCUCCUUGUCAACACCCAAGGAAAUGUAUAGAGAACAGUAUGGAGAAUAUGCAUACUGAUGUUAGGGUGUAAAGGGUUAAUACUCGCCUAGUUGCUCGGGCUAAAAUUACUCUGAGUCUGGCCCAAAACAUAUUUAUGCUCGUGAACAUAAACUCUGUGAAACUUUAGUCUAAUCGUCGGUGUGAGUGUAGUCCUGAGAAGGACUGUUGUCGGUGUAAUUGUUAAGAACAACUCCCUGAAAAAACCUGUUGGCCGACAAUCCGGCAAUUGUCGGCUGACAGUUUUAAGCAGACCUUUUGGCCGAUGACAGACGGCUGACAAUCGGCAAUCUCUUGGUGAUCUGUCGGUAGCUUGUCUGUUACGAUAUACCGUAUUUAUCGUCCAAACUUCAUCUGACUCAAACGCUACAGUGGGUAGAGGGAUGUAUUCUCUGGAAUUCCGGCCAAAUUUAGCGUCAGUACGUACGGGAAUUGACGAAAUACUGAUAUCGCAAUCUAUCUGCCAUAUUGGAAAGGUAAUCUAGAACCCAGCUACCUGCUCACUUAUGAACUAAUAAUCGUAUUACUGCGCAGAAAAGUUUAUUAGGACGACGAUGACAUGGUUGAUCAAUCAGACAUGGUUUGAUGCUACUCUGGUUUACAGAUUUAAUGAAUUUAACGGAAGAAGUUACAAUUCAUAGACCCAACGUUUCGACCCUCUUGUCCGACUCUCCUGUCCAGUACCUUCUUAAUAUAUUUUAUGGUUGAUCAAUUUUUGGUAUCGUUUAUACUGUACUUCAAAUUCAUUCACUCAAAUUCAUUCCUUCAAAGACAUAAGAAACUAGACUCAUGAUAAACAUCAAGUAUACCCACAUUUCAUACCAAAAGGUGGUUUGCAAUGCAUUUUAGGGCGAUUUGUGAUUUUCAGCAAUGUGAUUGUUGACAUCAACCUUCCCCGUCUUAUGCUUGUGUUCAGUCAGUCUUUUUGUGAGGUUUCUGUCAGUCUCUUCGAUGUAGAGGGCUUGGCUGUCGGCCGAGCAGAUGAUCCUAUAAACCGCUUCCUGUCUGUUCUCUAGAUCAUCACGACAAAACUGACCAAUCGGGUUUUACGAACGGGACUUUGAACUUCCGACUAACAAAAACUACCCACUUGACUUUGAUGAUGACUUCCGCUCAGGUUAAAGAAAACUCAGUCACUACAACCGAUAACAGUCUUUCUCACGACUUCAAUGAAGCCAUGUACUGUUCGACUAAAACUCUAUUGUUUUAUUUAUAUUUACCAAAGAGAAGGAGCUAUAGCUAACAGUGAAACGUUUUUAAGAAUAGAUUGGGGUAGUGAUGUUAGCUUGUCGUGUUGGAAUAUCAUUUUGUGAUAAUAAUUUUAAUAGAGCUUUUAAAAUCAUGGCAAUUAUUUUUGCAUUAGCGUUCAGCGUUUGUAUGUCAGUUCUUCAGCCUUGCGUGCCAUCGAGUUGAAAAAUGAUUAUGCAGAAAAAUUCUCAAUAUUGAUACUAGAUACCUCUAAAAGAUGACCAUCAAUGCGAUUUGGAGUAUAAUUGAAAAAUUCGACUUGGAAAAUUACCAUUUUCAAUGCGCCUUUCUAUGAGUGUUUUAUUUCCGUCUAUUUGUUCAAGAUAUCGGAAAUUAAAGUAAAUUUUUAGGUGAUUUGAAUCAUGUUCCCAACAAGAUUUGCAAACUAAUGCUGCUAUUUUUCGUGAUCAGUGAAAAAUUGAAUGAGAAAACAAUUUUAGUUAAAAGAGCCGCGUCUGAAACAGUUAUAUUCAAGGAGAUUUUCUGUCGUGAUUCAUCAACUUACGAUUUCCUGAAGCUAUUAUUUUGCAGGUUCGCCUUUUUUUAUAUUCACGCCAAGGAAAAAAACCUUAUUGAAAUAUCAAUCCAAAACUUUGAAAGAAUCAAAUUAGGCACGAAUCACCUGUCUGACUUUUAAAGUAUAAUAAAACACUGAGAUGUGUUGGGUUUGUGAGGCAAUUUCGGUGAGUCUCUUGUUAUGCCACUGAAUGUCUGAAUUAAACUCAUGCUUGAUUUUCAAAGCUUCGCUCUUCUUUUCUUUUUAUCUUUCCGAGUUGUUGCGUUGUUUCAGUGUGAAUACUUGUUAUUUAGUUGUUAUAGUGGUUAGGCUUCUCUAUAAUUGUAAAAAUACUUCUUGCUCGCGUUUGAUUUGUUUGCACUGCUGUGGGCGUCAUGUCACGAACGUUUGGGAAACAUAGAACCCUCCAGCUGAGUUGAACUUUCAAGUCUCGGGAAUCUAUGAACAUUUUCAAUUGUUUGACUGUCUUGAGUUAUAUACUGUAUUCACUAAAAAAAUGCGUUGAUCUAUCCUUCAAGUAUUUUCAGGUUAACGAGGGAAAACAUCUAAAGUAUUUGGUUUCUCAAUCCAUGUUAAUUUCCGGAACUUUCACUCAGGAAUAGAAUGCUUUCUUUUGCUGUCGUUGUUCUUUUCAC